AUUCGUGGAACCAUGUUAGUCAAGUCUAUAUCUAAACGCUUGUGUUUGUCCGUAAAAAAUGUGGUAUUAUAAACAAUUACAUUAAAGUGUAUCUAUUAAAAUAAGUGUUAAUAAUUACCUUGUUGCGGGAUAUAUUCUAAAUAUCCUAAAUCUUAGUUAUUUUAAAUGAAUUUAUUAUAGUUAGUUCGAAUAUUGUUCAGCAUGGUUGGUUGACCAUCGAGUAGUGGAUAACAUCAAUUUUUGCGAUUUUGUGUAUGUACGAAUUCAAGUAAUUAAAACUAUAUUAUUAUUAUCAAAAAAUACCCUAAUUUAUACAGCAACAAAUAUACUUUAUUUAGAGGUAACAUACUUCAAUAUACGGUUUGUAAGUUUCACAAAAACUGCAAAUAAUCGCACACCACAAACACAUUGGAAAACCCCAAAUCUCAGUGACGCAAUUAAUAACCUCCAUUUCUUUUUGUGAUAAAAGUGCUCGUCUUAAAUUCACUCAUUUUGAUUUAAAGAAAUUAGUGUUACUUUUUUGAGUGAAUUAUUAUUUUUGAGUCACGUUAGUUAAUAGUUAUUUUGAUGGACUUUAGUUCUAAAAGUUGUAACGCCACCAGCGUUAAAAAAAUCGUUGUAACUUGUAAAUGGCUAACCCGACGAACCCGAGCGAUAGGUGGUAUUUUACAAAGGAACAGUUAGAAAAUACGCCAUCAAGAAAAUGUGGCUUCGAUGCACACAAAGAGCUUUCCAACCGACAGCAAGCUGCAAACUUCAUUCAGGAUAUGGGACAGAGAUUGAAAGUAUCUCAACUAUGUAUCAACACAGCCAUAGUGUACAUGCACCGGUUUUACGUUUUCCAUUCGUUCACACACUUCCCUUGGCAUCAAAUGGCGGCUGCAGCUUUAUUUUUAGCAGCCAAAGUAGAAGAACAACCAAGGAAAUUGGAAUAUGUUAUCCGUGUAGCAAAUAUUUGUAAAAAUAGCAGAGAUACAACUAUUGAUAUUAAUUCAGAAAGGUACAUUGCCCAGUCUCAAGAUUUGGUGUUUAAUGAGAACGUGUUGCUUCAAACUUUGGGAUUCGAUGUGGCCAUAGAUCAUCCUCAUACCCACGUGGUAAGGUGCUGUCAUUUAGUGAGAGCUAGUAAGGAUCUAGCUCAAACUUCGUAUUUUAUGGCUAGUAAUAGCUUACAUUUAACAACAAUGUGUAUACAGUACAAACCGACAGUAGUAGCUUGUUUUUGCAUCCUGGUUGCUUGCAAAUGGUCUAAUUGGGAGAUCCCGUUGUCUUACGAAAAAAAAGAAUGGUAUUCCUACGUGGAUCCCUCUGUAACAGCUGAGCUGUUACAACAAUUAACCGAAGAAUUUUUAGUGAUAUUUGAAAAGUGUCCUUCAAGGCUAAAGGAGAAAAUUAUGGCCAUAGCCGAUAAUGUUAGUCACAUUCCUUCGCACCAUAUUAUCUCGCCUUUUGAUGAUCCUAAGAAGAAGCAUCAACCAGAGGAAGGGAAAGACGGACAUUCCCACAGAUCUUCUGGUUCCGAUAAUGACCCUCAUAAGCACAGAUCAUCGCGACCACACGAAAUGGGUACCACUAGCAGUAGUAGUAGUACUGGUAACAGUACCCAGCAUCAUAGAGAAAGAGACAGGGAGAGGGAACGUCGCGAAAGACAACAACAACAACAAAAAGCUAUUGUGGGAAGCGGUAGUAGUAGUAGCAGCAACUCCGCAGGUGGUAACAGCAGUAGUAUGAAGUCUUCUUCUCAUCAUAGCAGCAGUAGUGGUCAUCAUAGACCAGAACGACCGCCUAUGGAUCCGAAAAUGAAACCACCGUCGCGACCUCAUUCCAUGCCCUAUCCACAACCCAAGGAUAUUCUAAGAGAAGCAGCAACGAGAGAUUCGCCGUUCGGAUUAGCUAGAGAUUCUAAUAGAGAUUACACCAAGGAACCUCAUCUGGCACGUUCCGAUAACAAAGAUCCUAACAAACGCGAUUACCAGUAUAAAAAUAAUAAUCAAAAUCCGGAUAUGAACAAUACAAAUUCGUACAGCGACGCAAGAUUGAACUAUUCGUCGGAAAAACAAAGACUCGAUUCUAAUGGUAGAUCUAGAGUAGAUCCGAAUAAAUUAACUUCGAAUACGUCUCGUAAUAGACAAGACGAAUCGAAAUCUCAUUUAGAAAAUAUUAAGAAACAUUUAAGUGCGGCACCUCAGGAUAAAAAUAGUAGUUAUCUUAAUAAACCGGUUGCCGGUAACGAAAUACCGAAAUCCGUCCCGAAGACUAACGUAACCCCGGUUAAUUCUAAUAACAAUGUGAAAGUGACUAAUACGAACAGUGGUACUUAUGCUCCGCCUAUUAAUAGCGAUAUCAAACCGAAAAUUGAACCGAUCGUCGUUAAAGAAGAGGUACCGACACCUCACGUCAUUAAAAGACCGAGUUUGUUUUCCCCCGAAAAAACUCCUCCGCAAAAAUACAGUGUUCCUAAUAAUACCGCGACCGAUAAUAUUAUGUCAUUCGUUUCACCUCUAACGUCUCCGGUGGCUAUCAAACGGGAGAGAAAUUAUUCCAGUAGUUCUGAACCAGAGUUAAGGCCGGUUAUGAAGAAAAUUGAUCAAGUUGAAGGGUUCGAAACUUUGAUGCGCGAUAACACGAUAGGAAUUGAUAAAGAUAGACAAACGCCCGAUCACAUAAAUAAAAUUAUUGAAGAUAACAACGCCGUCAAUGUUCAGGAUAUUAAACAACAAAUCGAGAGUAACGGCGAUGAUAGUACCGCUAAUAAUUCUAGGUUACCAUCACUUCCACAGCCAACAGUUAAUGGUCUGGUAUCUACUGAUCCAACCGUCAUUAGUAACUUGUUGAAAGAAGCCUCUACGGUUUCUCAUCUACCACCAGUUAUAAAAACCGAAAUUGUAACAGAAGCGCAAACUGACAAAAACCAUUAUCAUCAUAAAAGUAAAAAGAAGAAUAAAGAUAAACACAAACACAAAGAUAAAAAUAGAGAGGACAAGGAAAAGAAAAAGAAGCAUAAAGAUAAAGAACGCGAGAAACAUAGACACAGAGAAAAAGUACCGGAAGUUACGCCGACUCCAGCUAUCGAACCACUCGUUUUGAAAAUCCAGAAAGAUAAAAUAAUUAGGGAUUCGCCUUCCCAAGGACUGAAAAUCAAAAUACCGAAGAAUAAGAUAAAUACCGAAAAUAUUUCAGAAUUAUCUCAUAAUGCAGCACCUAUAGUCGCCCCUAUUACGGAGGGCAUCAAAUUGAAGAUUCCCAAAGACAAGCUCAACAAUUGCCCCAAUUUGGACAGUAGCAUGUCGAGGAAAAGAGAGCGGGAUAGAAAGGACCGGAUUUCUCCGGAUGGUCCUCCAGCGAAAGUGUCAAAAUCCAGUAUUAAAGAAGCAAAAACGAACGGAAAAUACUCCAAUAAUAAUAAGGUAAGCCCACCUAACGUAGUUAACAACAAUCAAAUUGUUCAACAACAGAUGAAUCAACAAAAUAUUGUAAUUAACCAGCAACAGGAGUCGACUAAUAACUACCAAAAAAUGUUUUCGACACCACCCCCACCGCCGCCACCACCACUACCACCUAUUCCAUUACAAAAUCCGGCACAUACACAGAUGUAUUAUUACGAUCGAAUGCCGCCUCUACCAAUGCCCAAUUUGAAUGUACCACCUCCCUCUUAUAAUAUGUAUAAUUAUUAUAAUCAGAAUUAUAUGUAUCAAGGGGCCGGGAUGUAUAAUCACCCCCCUAUGAUGCACGGGCCCCCGUUAAUGCAUAAUAAUAAUUCAAUCCCUCCUUUACCGAUGGACGCGCCGCCACAACUACCUCCGCCACCACCUGAAUAAGGGAAAACUUUCUCUGGAAAGGGGCGAAGAAAUAUUAGUUUCAUACAAGCUGUUUAAGAGGGAUGAUUUAAUUAUGAUUUUUUGGCAUAAAUUUGGUUGAUUGAUUUAAUCAAAUUUCUUUUAUAUCGCUCUGUCAAUAAAAAAUCAAGAGGGGUUGAUGACGUUUCUGAGAAGUUUGAAAUAUAUUUUUGUUUACAAAUUUCGAACUCAUUUUGUUUUUUGCAUUCUCUUUAUUUUCCCAAUCAAAAAUCUUUUUCUUAUAGAAAAAAUUGAAUAUAGAAUCAUCCAUAUGGUUCAGAAUUCAAACUAUUGUCAUACUACUGCUCCUAAACAUGAUUCAUCUUGCAUUUACUAGCGAUCAUUAGAUUUAAAUUUUUUUUCCAUUAUUAAUAAUUUUUUUACUUACAUUGUUGUUACCUGGGUUUUAUCUGUAAACUUCCAUUUAUCUUUGUGCUUUUAUACUUUCACUUAGUAGCUACACUAAAUUUUUAGUCUCAUUAGGUCAUUUUGAUCUGGAAUAUUUCGAUGUUAAAAUAAAUGGUGUAUCCUGUCUUUGUACUUUUGGGUAUAUUUGUUGAAUUCUUUUUGCUACGUUGAGGUCCCAUAUACAUAUUUGCAGAGUUUUCGGAAGUUGGUAGUUCACUGGAUAGCGUCCAGUGAGCAUCCCAGUAACUCUUCUUAACUCAAUGACAGGAUCUUUUGAAACCAGUUGGUAAAAUGAGAAAUAAAUCUCUUUAAGUCGUCUUGAAGGAGUAGCUGGAGCAUCUCGAAGUUAAAAUAGAUAGUGUAUCCUGUCUUCGUAGUUUUGGGUAUAUUUGUUGAAUUCUUUUUGCUAUAUUGAGGUCCCUUUGUAUUUUAAAUAUAGUAUGGAGCAUCCAGAAUACUACGAAGUAAUUUUUUGAUAUUUUGAAAGGGUACUGUUUAUUGAUCUUGCACAGCCUCUGAGAUGUAGUCCGUGUGCCCAAAUCUGUCUAUAGGGGUGGAUUACUCUCCUUGUUAUAGUUUUUUUGUCGGUCCUAGCUUUGUUUGUCAGCUUUAUUCUCCAUCAUUUUUUAUUUCUGCAUUUCGCUUUCCAGUCUACCAUUUCUAGGAUUGUGGUAUCUUCUUCGAUUUGGUUUUUCCAGGUAAUUCACUAUAUUUUGUCUACAUCUUCCAAUUAAUGUGAUAUUUUUCUUUCCAAUUUGAAAAAAUGUAAUUAAAUCACUUAUUAUCUACUUUAGACUCUUCAUUUUCUUGAUCUUCUCUUUUUCUUUUACUUUUUUUACUGUUGGAUAUUUUUAUCAGAAAAAAAAUUAGUGGGAAAUUUGAUGAUUGUUAUGAAAUAUUUCUUCCUAUGCUUUGCCCCUUUCUUCACUUAAUUUAAAAUGUAGUAGAAAAUUCAAUUUAGUUUUUUUAACUAUUAAAUAAAUGAAUAUAAAAUCGGGUUUAUUACAUAUAAUGUAAAAACUAGAUAAAAAAAUUAAAAAAUUUCUUAUAUUAAGAAUAUAGAAAAAAAAUAAUUAUAUUUACUUUAAAAAAGUAUACUAGAGUCCGUUAGUACUGAUUUUCUUUUAACCCCUUAACUAUUCAGCGAUAAUAUAGGAUGAGUUAUAAUUUAAACCGAUAUUUGUUUGUAAAAAAGACAUUUUAAAAAAUUUAUACGAUUAUUGUUCUUUGUUAUGGGGUUGCAGCAUUUUUAAAAAUCUUCAUUUAUAAAAUGUUAACCACCCUAUUGUAUUUAAUUUUAUUGUUAGGGGUAGCUCUAAUGUAGGUUCAAAUGUCUUAACUAAUAUAUAUUCUCCUUUACCAUAUAACUUAUAAAUUAAUAUACAUCAUCCUGUAUUAAAUUUGAAUAUGAUUUCAAUUUCGAAAUAAUCUUGACUGAAUUUUCUGUAAUUUGAGGGAUAUUUUUUUAAUUCUAUGAAAUAAAACCUCGCCCCGACAAUAUUCCUUUCUUUGCGGUCCAAUAAAAUGAAGAUUCGUAUAAUAAUUCGAAGGAAAAUCCUGUUUCUAGCUUACAUUUAAAGGAUUUACUAUUAGAAAAUGAUUUAAUUGGAUGUGGGGACAUUAUAUAGAUAAACAGUUUGUUAUUUAUAUAUAAAAAAAAAUAAAAAAAUGUAGAGAUAAAAUUUCCUUUCAAAUUUAAAUUAAUUUUGAUAUUCUUGCAAUUAAAACAAAGGUAUUUGUAAUGAACAAUUCAAAUUUGUAGCUCGAAAAUUAAUAGUGUAUAAAAAAAUAAAUGAGAAUUGUUUUUUUUUAAUCAUAUCUACAAAGUCUAACAACUAACCUCAAAAUUAUAUAGAUUUUAGUUUUAUUUGAAAGUUUUGUAUCAUUAAAUUUUUUUUUCCUUUUGAGGAAAUAUUGGAAAGAAAAAUUAGUUAAAAAAUGUUUAAGUGAUAUAAAACAUUUUAUUAAGAAUUCUCAACCUCUACAUUUUAUUAUUAAGAUUUUCUCUUACAUAUCUUUUUAUUUUUGAGAUAUUUUUCGAGAAAAUGUUUUCUGUAUGGUUUUAAUUAUUUUCAAUCCCCAAAUGACUUAAUUUUUCAACUAAAAAUCCUUUAAAUAUAUGUGGCAAUGAAUUUUAUUAAAAAAUUUUAUUGGACUACUGUAAGCAUGAUUCCAAUUGCUACUGUAGCAUCUAACUAUACUAAAACAUUAUCAAUAUUUUUAACUUUUAUUACUAAUUACUUGAUGAAUAUCACACUUUGUGUCAGUUUUUUAUAUUAAAAAAAUCAAAUACAAACUUUUAAGGUUCCCUGAGCGUUUUAAAACAAUUUUCUGUAGCUCAGUUUGUCAUUUUCAUCGUACCAUUAAAAACUUGGAAGCUAGGACUGUUUAUUAACUACCCCAAGUUUUUUAUUUCAAUUUUUUGGUUUAAUAAACAAAAUAAAAUCCAUCAUUUACAGUUUGCUUAUGUUAUUCAUGCAGUACUAAACUAUAUUUCGGUACCAAUUAAUAUGCAAACAGAUAUUGUUACAUAGUUUAUUCAUUUGAGGUACUCUUAGCAUUUUAUAACAAUUUGCUGUAGCUUGGUUUGUUAUUUUCACCGUACCUUUAGAUACUUAGAAGUUAGGAAUGUUUAUUAGCCACCCCAAGUUUUUUUUGGAUUUUUGAAGUUCUGUAUUACCAAAAAUUGAUUUAUAUUUACACUGAGAAAAAUAUCUUUCAUAUUUAUUAUAUUAUAAUACAAUUUGUGAUGUUCACUGGCGAUUGAUAAUAAUAAUAAUAGUUCCCUCACUUAUUUCUCUAAUCGCAUGUACCACUAACUUUCCCUUUAAAUAUUAGUAUGUAAAGUUGUGCCACACCGUACAUUUUUAAAUAUCCUUAGAUAAGUAAAGUAUUUAUUAAUUUUUUUUUUAAAUUUAUAUCAUUAGAUUAUUAGUUAUUUGCUAAUUGUUAUUUUUUUUUGGUAGUUUAUUAUUAUUAUAUAAAUAUAUUUACUGUUGAUUUUUUAAAAAUUUGUAGACGGUAAUAAUAAAAAUAGAAAAAAUUGUAUUUCACAAUAUCGACGUUGUUCUGGAAAUAGUCACUAAGUCCAAAAAGUCACUUUGAAGUGAUACAGUUGUAAGGUUUAGAGUAAAUUAAGCAGCGCUGUAGAUGAAUUAUUAGGCACUACCACAACUACAUGUAGUACUUAAUGAGUUUUUUUCAGUCUGUAGAUUCGUUAAUUUCAAAUAGAGUGGUGAGAAUCUAUUAAAUUGCUGAAAAUUAGAGUCGGUGACUUUUGCCACAACAACGACACGUUCUUGAGAUCAAUAACCACUUAGACUAAUCUGUUGAUGACGAUUAAACCUGAAGGGAUGUAUCGGUUGGUACUGUAUGUACUAAAACAGAUAGAAAUCCUUGGAGGGGUUCCAAAAAUUCACAAUCCAAUAAAUCUUGAGUAACUACUAGUUGAUUUAUUCAAUUUUUAAUAUGUGAAAUAUAAUUUUUUAAUUCUUUAUUUUCUUAUAGACCAUUUUCACCACUGAUUCGAUAGGUAUACAAUUAGGAAUAAUUUUACAAUGUUUGCAUGCUGUUGUUCCAUUUUGUAUUUUUUUUUUGUUAGCAUGGUAUAUUUUUGCGAGUGUGAUGCAAUUGAAAAAGUAGUAAUGUAAAAACAUUUUGAGAUAUGUGUAAAUAUUGUUGUCAAUUUAUUUAUUAUUAUUUUUUUUUAAAUAAAUGUUUACGAAAAUUCAAAUUUUUAUUUGCGAACACCAAAUAUCUCAAAUUGUGAACCUGUAAUGUAGUUAGAAUAAUCAAGGUAAGCAAUUAUUAUAUUUUAUUUAACAAUAAAAUCAAAGUAUGAUAUGGAAAAUUACAAUUUUUUUGUUAGUUUAUACAAAGUGAUAGAUAAAUUUAAAAAGUAUUUUCCGGAGACCAAAUUUGAAAACUGGGUCAUUUAUUUUCUUAAAUCGUUUAAUUUUUGCAAAUUGAAUACUUUAGUUUAUUAUAAGGGGGUUUACAAGAUUGCAGUAGCUUGGAAUAAAUAGUAAAAAAAUUGUAACUAAUUUAGUACUUUUUUAUAUAUAAAUAAAUAAAAAUAGGUUUCAAUUUUCGAUUAGUUAUAAACAUGAUUGUUUAGAUUAGAUUAGAUGUGCUAGAGUCUAAAGGCCGUGAAUCUACCUCGCUAACACUUUGACUUAUUGAUGUAUAGUCUACCCUGGACUGUUCAUCAGAUUUUGUGAAGUGAAAUGAAUGUUUAGUUGACUUAGUACUUGAGCAAAUAGGCCUUUUAGUCAGUAGUUUUUUCAAGUAAAUAGAAGGUUUUGUUUUUCGAUUGGUUAUAGAUAUGAUAGCUCAGUUCAUUUGACUAUUGAAGUUUUAGUUUCGAUUAGCAACAAUUCAUUGAAAUGUCAUUUCAUCAUCCUCAUACAAGAACCGAGUAAAUUCAAUGAUUUAGUACUUGAGCAAGUAGGCCUUUUAGUCAGUAGUUUUGUGAAGUAAAUAAAAGUAGGUUUUGUUUUUCUAUGAGUAGAUCAACUAUUUGAAAACUUGUAGAAAAGCAGUAAAACAAAGGGAGAAUUAUUUUAUUUAUUGAUUUGAGUACUUGUUUCAGUUACACCGGAAUCGUGUGAAUCCCCUUUAUCACCAGAAUGAGUUGUUAUGAGCAGAAUCUAAUAAUUGAUUUAAAGCCUAAAUAUAAUGAAUAAUAAAAUAAUGGUUGGAAAUCACAUUUCCCUAUAUAUAAAGAUACUUAAUAUCGAAAUAUGAUUAAAAUUUUAUAAAUGAAAAUGAAAUUUAUGUUUGCAGAUGUGAUAAUGUUAAAUUUAAGUCACUCGCUUGAAUUUUCAGCACCGAAUCAGCUUCAGCUACACUACAAAAUUGCAAAGCUAGUUAUUUUCAACCGAACCAUGGUUUUAUAUCAACACAUGCUAUUUAUUUAUACAUUAUGAAUAUUUAGUUGAAUUUUUUUAAAUGGGGGCAAAAAUUUAUCUAAUGGGGUUGAAACGUUUAAAAAAGGAUUGCUAAUUAUAUGUGGUGGUGGUUUCCCGAAUUUAUAUUAUAUCGUUACCGUUUUUGUUUUAUGUUGUGAUGUAAGAUGCUUUGAAUUUUUGUAAAGAACAGGUCCGGACUGGGUGAGGCAUAUAAAAAAGGUUUUACAUGUUUUACAUCUAAACUUGAGUCGAAAAUGAAGAAAAGUGUUUUUUUUUCUCUUAAAUCGGUUGGUUUAGUAACAAAAAAGUUGAAUUUUUGCUUAACAAAUGUCAUAUUAUUUAAACUUUUGAUAAUAAAAUAAAUACAAAACGACUAUUAGGUGAGGGUAGCUCACUGCUUUCGUUUUGAGGUUAUAUUUCGAUUGUUCAAGGUAGUAUUUUGUAUAUUGACGUCGAUUAACUGAUUUAAGUACGUAAAAAUAUUUUUUUGUGUAUUUUAAAUAAAUAAGUCAUAGAUUUUAAUUAAUAUUAUCUAAUCAAAAUAUUUUUGAAUAGUAUUUAUUGAAAUUAAUGAUUUUCAACUUUCUUAUAAUUCAUUUGUUUUCAAUUUCGUUUUCUUUUUUAUCACAAUAAUUUUAAAUCAAUAUAAACAGCAUUUUCACAACAUAAUAUUGAUUAAUUAAUUGUUUGAUCAAUUAUUGUCGAAUUUUUUUAUAUCUUUCAUUAUUUAAUUAUGCCAAUAUACAAAGUACUAAAGAUGAGUAUCGAAAAUAGUUAAAUGACGUUUCGGAGCGGUAAUUUGGGUAUUAGGUCCGUCGGGACGGUCCAGUCCGGGCCUGAGCAGACGGAUGUCGUAUUAAGGAGAUUUGGUGCUUUACAGGUGGUGCAAUCAGGUGAAGGCGCAACGUCACUAUCGAUACACAGGUUGGCCGAAUCUAAGUAUACACACAAGAGUUCCACGUCCUAGAUAAGUGACUUACAUACAUACAUGAUGUUCCUUUUUUUAUCGGGAACACCCUGUAUACGAAGUAGAAUUACAGAAUCUGGGUGUCAAAUAUUGUGGUUCCUCACGAUUUGGAGAAAAUAGUUGGAGAAUCGUGUUGAUUAUGGACUACAACAAUUUCUGACUAUUUUCUGAUACAAUUUUUGUUUAAGUUUUUUUUUUAGUUACAACAUAGGUUUAGAGACUGAUUUUUUUUUUCUAUUUGACAAGCGACGGACGAAUUUAUAUCUUGCUUCAACAAAUUAUAAAAAAAAUUACAUAAAUUUUUAUUCCAAAAAAAGUUAUACAAUCGUUCUUUUUAUUUAAAAUGAUUAUUUUAUUUAAGCCAUUUUUAAUUUAUUUAUAUACAAAAAAUUAUUUUUUAUAAUCCAUUUGUUUAGCGAAGUGAAAGCAAUAAUGAUAUGGUGUUACAGGGUGGUUAUAACAUUUACACUUUUAUAUAGUUUUAUGGUAUAUUUUUUUAUGUGUAAUUCUUAUAUUUACUAUAUAUACAAUCUGUUUCUUUUUUUACUUUACAGAGUGUAGGGGUGUUAAUUUGACAAUUUAGAUAAUUCCUUUUAAAAAGUUUGCAGUUCUUUUCAUUUUCCUCAUAAUUUUUCGCUUCAACCCGUGAUUUUUCCUUUUUUAUGAUUUUUCCUUUCGUAUUGUCCCAUGCUGCUCGGUGUCUUCCUUUUUUCUGACAUUUUCCUUUCCCAUAUUUUCUUGACUGGCAUAGGUGGCCCCACCAAAUUAGUUGUGUCCUUUGUAUUUAUUCCUGUAUGAGUUCAACGUUUAAAUCUUAUUUUCUCUUUUUUAAGAUUUUUCCUUUCUUGUUGUCCUAUGUUGCUCGAGGUCUUCCUUUCCCAAAUUUUCUUAACUGGCACUGUGUUAUCCAUCCUUUGUAGAUGGCCCCCAUCAAACUAGUUGUCUCCUUUGUAUAUACAUAUUAAUAUUUGGGUUCAACGUUUAAAUUUUAUUUUCCGUUUUUUAAGAUAUUUCCUUUCUUGUUGUCCCAUGUUGCUCGAGGUCUUCCUUUCUCCUGACAUUUUCCUUUCCCAUAUUUCCUUAACUGGCACUGUGUUAUCCAUCCUUUGAAGGUGGCCCCCACCAAACUAGUUGUCUCCUUUAGGUUCAACGUUUAAAUCUUUUUUAUGUGCGAUUUUCUGAGUGUAUCUCUGCUGUAACACUUUUGCUUUUUGUAUUUUUCUGUAAAUAUCAAAGAUUCACAGCCAUAUGCGAGAAUUUCCUUUGGAGAUUUCUUUUCUUGUUAAUGAAACCUCCUCUAUUCUAUAGUUAAAUUCUAAAUCCAGUCUUCUUGUUUUUUCUAGCAUAAUUCCUAUGUAUUGGAAGCUACUAACUUGUUCUUUAAACUUCUCUUCAACUCUGAUUUCAAUUUUUUCUUUUACAUUUUCCACGACCAUAACUUUAGUUUUCUUUUUGUGCAUUUUCAUUCCGUUUUCUUUGAAUACUUGGUUCCAGUUGUUUAAAUUUUCUUGUAGAUCCUUCUGAUUAUCUGCUAUAAUUAUCAUAUCAUCUGCAUAUUUAGUUGUCGAAAUCCAUUAUGAAGAGGUUUAGUUUUUUUUUGUACUUCUAAAUUAUUCAUCCAUGAAACCUAAGGAUAAUAAUGGACUCAGACUGUCUCCUUGUCGCACUCCUUCAUCUGUUGUGGACGUCUUUGAUUUCAUGUUUCUUUAUACGGGCAAUUAGUGACUAGUGGGACUUUAUCGAAAGCUUUUUCCAUAUCUAAGAAUGUAUAAUGAUUUGGAUCUUGCCAUUAUUCUAUAAAUUAUUUCUUUUGUAGUGAACUCAUGAUCUUUUGCUCUUCUGCUUUUCCUGAAUUCACUUUGCAUCCUUUCCAAAGUUGGUUCUAUUUUAGCUCGCAGCUCUUUUAGUUUUGCACUGGUCGUAUCAAAACCAUUCUUUUCUUGAGACUUAAGAAAUAUGUAU